AACCACACAACACAAUAAAUAGAAGCAGGCAAAAAAAAAAAAAAAAAGUUUCGUAGAAGCAAAAAGUUUUCAUGAAUAAGAACCGCGACACAUAGAGCCUAACAGAUAACAAACCAGCGUACGCCGAAAUUUCCAAAAACGAAUAUAAAUAAAUGAGGGUACGUAGAGAAUUCAAUUCAAGAGCAAACUACUUUCUAUCCCAUUACUCCAUACUAUAAGUGUUGUCAUCGUCACAGAAAUCCGGCAGCCAUGGUGGGGCAGUCACCGAAGUGGAUGAUUUUGGUGGCUGCCAUAUGGAUUCAGGCUUUUACAGGUACAAACUUCGACUUCUCCGCAUAUUCGUCGCAGAUGAAAUCGGUGCUGGGGAUUACUCAGGUGCAGUUGAAUUACCUGGCGGUGGCCUCCGAUAUGGGGAAGGUGUUCGGCUGGUCUUCCGGACUGGCUCUCCUCUACUUUCCGUUAUCUGUUGUGCUUUUCAUGGCGGCUUUCAUUGGAUUCAUCGGUUAUGGGCUCCAAUGGCUCGUCAUUAGUGGCGUUAUCUCUUUGCCUUAUAUUGUGAGCCCUGAGGAAAGAGUGAGGAAAAUGGGGUUUGAUUACAUGAGUGGAGAUGCAAAACUGAGCAAAUAUCCUGCAGUUUUUGACUGGCAGACUGUUGAGAAGCACACUAAACCCUUCUAUGAGGUUUUGCUGCUGUGUUUGUUGGCUGGAUGUAGCAUAUGUUGGUUCAACACAGUAUGUUUUGUUCUUUGCAUAAGAAAUUUCCCAGUCAAUCGAGCCCUUGCUUUAUCCCUAACAGUAAGCUUCAAUGGUGUAAGUGCGGCACUUUAUGCCCUUGCUGGCAAUGCAACCAAUUCAUCAUCUAGUGCAUUAUAUCUCCUCCUAAAUGCCAUUAUUCCCCUUCUCGUUUCCAUUGCAGCAUUACCUCCCAUCCUUCAUCAACCACCUUUAGAAACUCAAACUGCUGAUGCAGCUCGCAGUGACUCCAUAAUGUUUCUCCUACUGAAUAUCUUCGCUGUUUUCACUGGUAUUUACCUCCUCCUUUUUGGUUCCAACACAUCUGGCGCAACAUCAGCUCGCUUUUUCUUUGCUGGAGCCAUUUUCCUUCUUGUCUUCCCCAUAUGUGUCCCUGGUGUUGUCUAUGCUCGAAAAUGGUUUCAUCGUACUGUCCAUUCCAGCUUUCGCUUUGAGAACUCCAGCUUCCUUCUAGUUGACGAUGAUGAUCUUGAGCUUCACAAACAACUAAGCCGCGAGGCUAGCUAUGAAGAGAUUGGCUUACCAAGCAAAGGAUUUGCACAUGAAAUGACCAACCAGAUGUGUAGUGGAUGCUGUAAGUGGUGGUGUGAUAAAAUGAUUGGGAAAGAUCAACUAGCGAUUCUAGGUGAAGAACAUUCAGCACAAUUGCUUGUGCGUAGAUUGGAUUUUUGGCUAUACUACUUUGCAUACUUCUGUGGGGGUACAAUUGGCCUUGUGUACAGUAACAAUCUAGGACAGAUUGCCCAGUCCCUUGGAGAAGGCUCAAAUACUACUGCCCUUCUUACCCUGUAUUCAUCCUUCUCCUUCUUUGGCCGCUUACUUUCAGCAGCCCCAGACUACAUCCGCGCGAAGCUGUACUUUGCUAGAACAGGGUGGCUGACCAUUGCUCUAUUACCAACUCCAAUUGCUUUCUUUUUACUAGCGGCAACAGGCAGUUCAGCGGUACUACGUGCAAGCACUGCCUUGCUUGGCUGGAGCUCAGGAUUCAUCUUUGCAGCAGCUGUUUCCAUCACAUCUGAGCUUUUUGGACCAAACAGUGUAGGUGUCAAUCACAACAUUCUUAUCACAAACAUCCCAAUAGGAUCACUCGUUUAUGGCGUCUUGGCUGCACUAGUUUACGAUUCCAAUGCAGAACUAGCCCCAGUAGGAGGAGAUACAGAGUCACUAAUCUGCAUGGGGAGGCAGUGCUACCUCUUGACAUUUCUGGGGUGGGGAUGCUUAUCUGUUGUGGGGCUGAUUUCCAGUCUGAUGUUGUUCCUAAGAACCAAGCACGCUUAUGAUGCUUUCGAACGAAAUCGUCAAUUAGCUGAGGCUUGUCAGGUAACAUUUGGAGAAUGAAUAGUGAAGUGGAAGAAAACUUGUCUAACUAAUUUUUGAGGAACAGAGGAGGAAAUAUGCCCUGUACCCUAAUUUUUUUUCUUUUGUCACAUAACAAAAGGAAAUUAGGAAAGCUUCAAUUUCUAAUUUGAUAUAUAUGUAGUAUAAAAAUCUCCCUAGUUU